AUGCUGCCCUCAUCCGUACGACGAGUCGUCGCUGCGGCACCUCAGUCGCCCGCCGUUUCCUCCGUGGCCUCGUUCGUUCCACGGCCUGCCGCCGCCUACACCCUCCCCUACAAGCAGCGUACCGGCCUCCAACAGCGCCGCUACUCCUCCUCCAAACCGUCCAACCCGGAUGACGGUUCCAGAGACUUCGCCGCCCGGCCCGUUCCUGCGUCACGAGCGUCCAAGUCAGAGAAAACCAAAGGGCAAGCAAAGGCACCCGUCCCGCAACCGCCCAGUGUCCCCAGUACUAGGCACAUUGGGGAUGAAGGCCUUGCACUCUCAACCUUUUUCGCCCUCCACCGGCCCAUCUCGGUCACCCAGCUCCUACCCCAGACGGUGUCGGACGAUACGUUUGCCCGAAUAUUUGCCCCACGGACUCGCAAUGGCAGAGUAGCCGAAGUUCUCUCGACGCUGUCACAAACGGUACACGACCUGGAGGAGCCCCUGUCGAGAAUGAGCAUUGCCAACGGAGACAAGCAGCAGUUGCAGGACGGGCAAGAGGCUGACGACGGGACCGCCAAGCUCAGCCUCAGGCAUGCUGAUGGCUCCGAGACCAACCUGCACAUUCAGCUCAAUCCCAUGUCGGGCCAGUACCUGCCCUACGCCCCGCCGCCGGCGCCCGAGCCGCUCACCGAGGCCGCCGAGGCCGAAGCCGAGGCUGCCAACAGCGCCGCCGCCGCUGAGGAGCUGGCCGAGCAGCAGCAGCAGGAGACGCAGACGCGCGUGUACAAGGCCAUGGUGACCAUCGAGGAGACGGUCGACGCCAGCGGGCAGAUCAAGGUGGUGGCGCACAGCCCGGAGCUCGUCGAGGAGGACGCUCCGGCGCCCCGCACGUUCCUGGAGCGCAUGGCGUGGCGCCAGCUGCGCUACGAUGAGGCACGCCGGCAGCAGGACCGCGCCAUGCAGGCCAUCAGCGUGCGCCGGCAACGCAAGCUGCGCAUGAAGAAGAAGAAGUACAAGAAGCUGAUGAGGAAGACGAGGAAUUUGCGGCGGAAGCAGGAUCGCUUGUAA